AUGAAUAUGAUAUCUAACACAAAUAAUUCUCAAGAACACAUUUCAAAGAGUAUCUCAUCCCAAUCUCCUCUUUCAAUUGUAUCGAGUUGGGUUGGUCACACAAGAGCUCUUCGUGUUUUCGACUCAGAACAUGAUGAAUUGAACUCUGAAGCACUUUGGAACAAAAUCAAAGGACGUAGAAAUCUGAUGUUUGUUGUUGUGACAACAGAAGGUAAUGUCUUUGGCUCUUAUCAUAGCAUUAUUCCUCACUCACAAGGGAGUUGGGUAUCUUCUGAUGAUGACCAGUUCAUAUUUACUCUCAGAAAUUCAUCUGGUACACCUCCGACUAUUUUCAGACCAAAGCAGAUGACUCAUCGACUCCUUCACAUCUCAAAGAGUACAACAAAGAAGAAAUUGGUAUGGAUAUCGGACGCUUUUAAAAUACAAAAUGACGACAAAUCAUAUAUCAGCAGUUCGUUUUCAAGGUUUUAUAACGACGAAAAAGACUUGGGUCCUUCCAUAUUCACCAAUUUGGUGUAUCCUAAUACCUUCUCUUUCUCCUCUUUCUUCGUUCUCCAUUGGUUCUAA